AUGGAUGAUAAGCUUUUUCAAGAACUCUGCAAUUCUUGGAAGGAAGCUCUAGUCAUUAAACUCCUUGGUAAAAAUAUGGGUACUCGUGUUAAGGUAGAUAUUGACACCCUGAAUGUAAAGAGAAGAAAGUUUAAAAGAAUUUGCUUGAAGAUUGAUCUGACUAUGUCUGUUGUCAAAAAGGUCAAUGUUAAUGAACAUUGGCACAACGUGGAGUAUGAAGUUCUUCAUAUCAUUUGCUUCCUUUAUGGCUAUCAUGAAUAUCACACCCGUGAUUGCAAGAAUUCACCAGAUAAUUUGACGCAGUCGGUCAUUUCUAUGGUGGCACAACCAAGAGUUCUACUGGAAAAUGAUGAUGUUUAUGAGCAAAGACUAAUGAAACUUUAUCAAGAAGUGGGUGAUAAUGGCGCCGAAAUUGUAGCAAAAGAAUAUGGAAAAACAAAUGCAGUUCAUGGUGAUGAGGGGUGGUGCAUAGGAAAAAUGCAAUAA